AUGGGAGAUUUUAAUGAAACAUUGCAAGGGGAUGAGCACUUCAGUGUCAAUGCGUGGCCGAAAUACCAGAUGAGGGCAUUUCGGGACGCGGUUGACGACUGUUCUUUACAAGAUUUGGGAUGGAGAGGUAUUCCCUAUACAUGGGAUAACAAACAGCCGGGGCUUGCGAACGUGAAAGCCCGGCUGGACCGCGCUCUUGCCAAUGAGGGGUUUCUGAAUUUAUUUCAGUCCAUCUCCAUCAAGCAUGUGAGUAGUGUGGAGUCAGACCAUUGUUUCAUAGUGGCCGAGGUCAGAACUAGUAUGAACAACAGUUGGCCUCGAGCAAAAAGAAACUUCAGAUAUGAAGAUGUAUGGCAAUCUCAUAGCCAGUACGACCAGCUAGUACGUAACUUGUGGCAAGUUGGUGCUGGUCAGAGAGGGUUACAAGGAGUCGUGGAAGCACUGGGGACAGUGCAGAAAGAUCUGGGAGCCUGGGAAGAGCGAGAGUUCGGAAAUCUCCAAAAGAAAUUCCGCUGCCUCCAGAAACGCCUAGACCGCCAUCUGCUCAACGAAAUGCGCCGGACGACCACCCAGCGCUGGGGGCCGCGCUGCCGCACUGACCAGGCGCCAGGCUCCGGCGCCGUCGCGGUCGACCGCCUCAGCGCCCUCCCGGACGCGCUCCUGCACCACGUCAUGUCGUUCCUCAAGGCGUGGGAGGCGGUGCCCACCUGCGUGCUCGCGCGCCGGUGGCGCCACCUCUGGGAGUCCGCGCCCUGUGUCGACCUCCGCCUGCGCUACAUGAGCCGCGACGGCGACCUACCGCAGGAAUUCCGCGACUUCGUGCACCGCCUUUUCCUCCUCCGCGACGUGUCAGCGCUGGUGGACACGCUCUGCCUGCAGCCCAGCGAUGAGGACGCUGGCUUCAGCAAGGAGGACGCCAGCAUCUGGAUCAUGGCUGCUCUCAAGCGCAAGGCGCGGGUUAUUCACCUUGCUGGGCAUCACAAGAGAGCCGUGUCGUUGGACGGUGUGCCCUUUGUUUCGUGCCACCUCAAGAUCUUGAAGUUGUCCUACGCCAGGCUCGAUGACAGUGUCCUCCGACAGCUUUCUGCUAGUUGCAAAUCCUUGGAAGAACUAGAUCUCAAGGAUUGCUUGCUGACAGGCCCUGGGAUUGUGUUCGCCUCUUUGAAGACCUUAAUCAUGCUUAAGUGCAAGUUCAAUUCGGGCUUCUCCAUUGCAGCUCCCAACCUCGUACUUCUGCGCCUCAUCACACCUUAUGUCCAAGUUGCGUCAUUUACCGACUUUGGGUCAUUGGUCACAGCCACUAUCUUACUUGAUGACCAUUUCUUGAGCAAUGAAUUUGAACACAUCAGCGAUAAAGAUGACUGUGAUGAAACUACUGAUGACGACGGCAAUGAUGAUAAGAGGAGCUAUAGGAUUCAUGAUGCCUCUUCCUUGAGUGAUGAUGAUGAUGAUUUUGACAAGUUUGGAUAUGGAUAUGGUUUUCCUGAAGAAAGAUAUGGGCACAGUCGUUACAAGGAUAAUUAUAAUUAUGGUAGCGAUAUUGAUAGUGGUGACAAUACCUAUGAAUACGUUGAGAUCGCAAAUGAUUCAAAGUAUGGCUACAAAGGUAAAGGGAAGCUUUCCAGUGAAGAUGGUAACUAUGGAAAAAUCAGUGGUGGAAAUUAUACUAGUAAUAAUAUUCUAGGUGGCCAUCAUAUGCUUGAGAGCCUUUCCACAGCUACGAGUUUGGAGUUGUUAACUGAUGCUGGAGAGGUGGUUCUGACUAGGGAAUUGAGAAGGUGUCCAACUUUUAGCAACCUGAAGACCCUGUCCCUUGGUGAAUGGUGUAUGGCUGCUGAUUUCGAUGCAUUAAUUUUCUUGCUACAGCAUUCACCUAAUAUAAAGAGGCUUUUUCUCCAACUCAAAUUGAACUUCAGCACAAGGAAGGCAUUGGAAACAGGUAUCAAACUACACGGAAGACCAUUUACUUGCAAUGAACUUAGAAUGGUGAAGAUCAAAUGUUCAAAGGAUGAUGGGAGAGUCCACACCUUGGCACAUAUGUUCAGGGCAAAUGGUAUACCACUAGAGAAUAUUUAUGUGCGUCGGAGCAGGAAUGCUUAUCUCCAUGGCCAGAAGUUUAUGAGGGACCUCGCCAAGCAAGAACUGGAUGAAUGUGGGGACGACUGGAUGUAACAUCCAGAAGUUUACGAGGGGUCUUCUAGAUAUUAAAUCCUGCCGGCGAUCGACCAUCCAUUAUGUAGUUAGCAAGGUGC